AUGGAUCGCGCUCUUGAUGACAUCAUUGGCGCACGCCCACCGCCAAGGGCACCGCGUAGAGAGGAAUACCCCCGAGAUGGAGUUCGAAAGGCCCUCCCCUCUCUGCAGAACCGCCGAGACGAGCGCGCUAAUAUCGACUCCGAUUGGGUGCAUGAUCGCUAUGAUGAAGAGCGGGAUGACAGGGUGUCCGGCAGACGUCCAGGAUAUGACGACUUUGAUCGAUCAGCCCGACCUGCAAGACUGGAAGAGAAUGGCACGAAACUGAAAGUCGACAACAUCCACUACGAGCUCACCGAGGCGGACCUUCACGAGCUCUUUCAACGCAUCGGACCCGUCCAAUCGAUCAAGCUCCUCUACGACCGCAUGGACCGCUCCGAAGGCACCGCAUUCGUGACCUACAACGAUCCCCGCGACGCCCGCGACGCCAUCACCGAGUUCAACGGCUGCAAUGCAAACGGCCAACCCAUUCGCAUCGCCAUGAUGCCCACCGCCCCGGCAGGAGCGGCGCGAGGAACACUGUUUGACCGCGUGGAGCGUCCGGCACGUAGUCUGUUCGACCGCAUCCAGGACGGACCGGAUACAAGGAGACGGAGAGGAGAACGUGGCAGCGCGAGUCCGCGGAGAGGAGCGGCGCCGGAUCAUAUCGAUCGCUACGUCCCAGGAGGUGCGCGUCGGUCUCGCUCUCCUGUCCAGCGCAGGGGUACACCACGCGAAGGAGGGAGACGACCCGGCCAGCGACGCGAGGAAGGCGGAGGUGGUAGGGGAGGCAGACGUGGCCGAACGGACGGUGAUGGUCGCCCGCUUGUUGGUGGCCGCCCACGCAAGACGGCGGAGGAGCUCGAUGCCGAAAUGGCGGAUUACUGGGGCAAGCCGGGCGAGGAGCCAACAAAGGCCAACGGUGCGGCUGUGAAUGGGAAAGCUGCAGCAGCGACUCCUGCGGAUGAUGACAUCGAUAUGAUCGAAUGA